AUGGUGAACCCGAAGAAAAGACCAGCUUCCGAGCAAGCACAGCCAGCCAAGUCAAAGGCAGUACGCCCAUCCGCAAAACGGCGGGUAGAACGGAGAAUAGCAGGAUAUCAAGAAUAUCUUAAGGGUAAUACGAAGGACUUUGUUCGUCACGAUCCAGCAACGGAAACGUUGCCCGAUCUACUCGCCUACGAUGAUGAAUUUAUGAAAGCCGAGAGGGCUUGCCUGGAGAUUCCACAAGACUUCAUCCUAGCUGUUAAGCCAGACAAAGACCCGCAACUAGCCGCAAGUCUCAGACCCAAACUCAACGAGGUGAUGGACGAGUACCAAAGCGAACCCGAGCGUGUGGCAGUCGUCGGCAAGACUGGGCAGGGGAAGUCGAAAUUGAUAGAUGCUAUCUUGGGCAUCGAUGGGAUUGCAAGAUCGGGGGCAAGCGGCGUGGCAACAACUCGCAUUCCAAUUGUAUAUUCACCACGUCGAGCGCACAUACAAACACCCUACGAGGUGAGACUGGAGCUUUCCGGCAAGAUCGACUGUCGAGAUUCAGUACAACAGCAUCUUGCCAAUCUUGUAGCGAACCUAAAAAGAUGCGUGGAAGGGCCCAUAGAGCUUGACGAUCAAGGCCAAGACAGUCUACGGGCGCUUCAGAAUCUGUUCAGCGACAUUCCAGAAUUCGCGUCGAACGAAUCUACUUGGACAUUCCUAGGAUAUGAUGUCAAUUCGCACAAAUUCUCAUCAGUAGCGAAGCAAAAGGAUGCGUUUGGCCAAUGCGUCAAGUGGGCUGAGGACCGGCGCCAGAAGAUCGCCAACAUGUCCGCACAGGGUAUCUACGCUACCGACGUGACGGAGCUGCGGAGAGAGCUCGCGCAAUUCAGCGACGAUCAAGCCAAGAUGGACGACACCAAACUUGGCUUCAACCCCUCUGCGCUCGUAGAGAGGAUUGAGGUCUUUGGUGACUUUCGGAUUCGCUACUCAAUCGGCGACUGCCCCGGACUACAAGACAUCAACAAGGCAAGCUUGCGCCCUUCCCAGGUUGACAUCGCUCAAGCUAACCCUGAUCUCGACUGGCUAGCCGAACGUAAAGCAGAGACUCGGAGAAAGAAGGACAGCUACGCGCCAACAGACUAUGCGCAAAGAGACCACUGCGCCCGCGAGAUUGCUUUCAUGACCCUCGAAGAGAACGAAAUAUGUGCCCGAGAACGAGGUCGUCGCAUCAGCGACAGGCUGAGGGAAAGAUUCGCAAAGCAGAACGAAAAUUUGACAGUUAUGACGACUUCGGCAAAAGACUACAUGGAGCAUGUCGAGGGCUAUCACCAGUACACCGACGAGCAUCUGCCGCUGUCCGUUGAGUCCACCCAAAUCCCCAGUCUAUGCAGGGAACUCGCCGCUAUCGCCAAUGAACGGCUGCAGAAAGAUCUUCUUCGCUUUUACAGGCGAACACUACCCGAGCUCUUCAGCUAUAUCGAGCUCGCUUGCAGCACGACUUCCGGGCCGGUGCAGACAGGGCCCAGGUUCAACUUUGAAGAAUUCGCAUCCAAAUUGUUGAAGCCGCUCGAAGUCUUCCUCGACGUUUUCGAAAAUGAACUCAUCCUUCCGAGGAUUAAGAGCAUGAGAGAAGGAGUCGGCGAUUGGAAGAACGAAGGUCACCAUAACAUCAACAAUGUUUGGCGAAAGUUGCAUGGCAACGCCGUACGGUGCUACUUGAACAAGCUAGGCAACCACCGGACAAAGGGACUGCCGAGUUGCAGUUGGAACAUUACGCUUCUGGGUCCUGUCCAGAAGACGCUCGACCCGCUGUUCAAGGAGCUAAUCGCAGAAGCACCCUCCAGGCUGGGUAGCCUUGCAUACCAGCUAGAAGGAGUCGUGGACGACUUCCUGGAAGCCCUUCGCGUUGCCGCCGAACAGCUCGACAGCAAGAAUUUCGUAGCGAACCUUGACGACAAGAAACCGCAACUCUACAAGAUGUAUAAUGUUGUCGGCAAAGACCUCAUGAUAUUCCUUCGGCUGUUCCGAGGACGUCUUACUGAAGACGGCAACGGUGACUUCUUUCCCCAAAAAAUGAAACCGGUCUACACUGCCACAUUAAAGGCAAAACCGACAGGCAAGUUGACCAUGAAAGAGGUGCAGAUGCAGACACUGGAAGCGCGCAUAUGCGGAAAGAACAGUCCCUACGACCAAAUGGUCGACAUGUUUGAAACCGCUUGGAAAGCCAAGAGGAUAGCGUUAUUGGAGAUUGGCAGACAAGCUAUCGCAUUUCACAUUGCAGAGAUCAAGGCGUCGUACAAGCAACUCUGCACUCCUGAGCCGCAGGAUAAUUCCAUGACCCUGUUGCGCGCUGAGCUGGAGCGCAAGGUUGGCGUGGCGAGGGAACAGUGCAAGGGACCUAUUCUGACUUCUCUUCUGGAAUGCGGGCUUGAUCCGAACUUGAAGAAGGUGAAGAAAGAGCCGAAAGUGAAGAGAGAGAAGAAGGUUAAGAAGGUCGAGAAGUAG